AUGAAAACUGACAUCACAGUCCAUGUGGCAGGAGGUGGAGUCAUGCACACUGUCAGAGGAGUCCUGAGCAGGUUAGCAGGACGGUCCCGCCUCUGCAGCUGGGGGAAGGUUAAAGGUCACCUGCUUGAGGGGGAGUGGAGUCUUUCAGGGUUCGUGUGUGGGCUGGUUUUGGGGUUAGUGUUCGGAGUCACAGCUCUGUUUCUGCAGAAGCAGCCUCUGUGGUUCUGUGUCUACACCAUGGUGGCAGUUGCGUUCACAGCAGCGUUCGGUAUGGGUCUGUCAGCUGGAGUCCGGGCCAACGUCAUGGUGAUGCUGCCUUCACUCUGCUCAGCUCGUGGCAGGCACUUCCUCCUCUUCCUGUUUGUGUCUGUGCUGUUGUCUGGUCCGAUCGCCAACAUUUUUGAAAACACAGAGCGAGCUGCUUCCAGUCUGAUCUGUGGAGCCGAGCUGGCAGCCAAUCAGACGCAAGAACUGAUGCAGAGAGCCACCAAGCCCCUAGCCUCUGCGUUGGACAAAAUCAGAGAAAUCAGCACCAACGCAUAUUUGGUCACAGAAAGAGUCACCAGCUUCAUCCAUGCUCUGACUGACGGCGUCCAACACAUUGCUCGCACUCUGAGGACUGUCCUCCAUUUCCUGACGGACAUCGGGGACAUCUGUAACUCCAAGCUGGGCGCUCCGUACAGGAAGUGCCGGGCAGUGUUCACUGAGGCUCGGCUCGAUUGCUCCCAGCGGCUGGGGGAGUUCAGAGCCCUGUGUGACAUCGUGAAGGGCUUCAUGCCGCUCUGCAACAUCGCCCGUGCCGGCGAGUUAUUCUGCAUCAUCCCCUCGUACAUCGCCACCCAUCUGAAAAGACGUCUUGCAGCUCCCAUAGUUGCAGCAUUUGAGAAAAUGAAGAAGGAGUUUGAAUUCAACAUCUCGGCCUCUGUGACCUUUGACCUGGACACCAACAGCAGUAAGUCUCUGCAGCAGGUGUCUCAGGAGAUCAUGGAUGAGGUUUCCUCGGACCUGCAGGUGUUUCAGAAACUCGGCGGGCCAUUAAAAUACGGUGGCCUCUUCCUGCUCGCCCUCUCGUUCCUGAGGGCAGUGCAGUACAGACGUAGAUAUCUCCGCGAGCUCAACUUUGACAACAUCUACAUCAGUUCUCAGUUUGAGGAGUUUGACCAACAGGUGACUUCAGGGGGCGGAGUGUCAGUCCUGCCAAUCACACGCAGAGAGGCCAAGACCUACAUCUCACCACUGUCGUGGCACCUGUCGAGCCGAGAGUGGCGGGUGGUGUUGGUGGGCGUGGUCUCAGUCAUCAAGUACCUCCUAGUGGGGAGCCUGCUGGUGGCGCUGGACUUUCUGGUGUUCUGGAUCCUGGAUCAGGUAGGCCACCAGCUGACGGGGGAUGUGGUGGCCCGAGCCCCAGUCAGCGUGACGGUGCAGGUGAACGGGUCAGGGUUCGCCUCAGACAUCUUCAGAGACUUGGUGGCUUCGUUCAACGUCCUGCAAGGAGGAAACGUCACUGUGAUCAGCAGAAAGUGUCUAGUGGAGCCGUCAGAGCCAAACUACAACACUUGUUUCACUCUGGGGUUCCUGCUGGGCCUGACUCUACUCGUCUCUCUGAUUGGAGGCUUUGUCCAACGCUGCCGACGACUCAUCUGUGCUUCAUAUCAUCCAGGGAGAGAGCAGGAGAGGGCACAGUUCCUCCGUCAGCAGAUCUUUAGUCAGAGGAGGGCGGAGGGGGAAGCUCUUAGGAAGUCUGCAGUUGGAAACCUGGCAGAGGAGGAAGGAGGAGGUGAAGGUGGAAGAGAGAGUCGACUACGAACCUUCCUGCUCAGGUUACCUGGGGGAGCUCACCUUUUGGGUCUGUCGUCACCCUUCACAUGUCUGGCCUGUGGUGAGGGGGUGAAGUCAGAGGACAACAAUAUGGUGGCCUGUCACUUUGCACAUUGUACAGGCGUCUACUGUCGGCCAUGUUUUCACAGUUUAAGAAACAUGUGUGUUGUCUGCAUGCGACCUCUGACCUUCCAGGACGACAGUGAGGAGGAGCUUGAAGCAGACAUGACCUACCAGUACCAAACCGGGUCAGAUGAGUCCGACAGCGACGUCUGCUUCCAAUCCACCGCCACAACAAUCAGCACACGCCAGGAGGAGGCCAUUGUCACCAUCCUCAGUGACUGAGGACCGUGACAAGGAGUUUGACAGGAGUUUGUGGAUUUAUCAGCUGAAUCUGAAGUUGUUAACAUCUAUAAACUCCUGUAACCACUUACACACAUCUGCAGACCGUAACGGAGCAUUUAAUAGCUACAGAUCUGGUGGAGACCCACAAAUACACACAUAUACACACAGACACAUCAGUACUUCCUGUAGUUACAGUAUCACAGUAACAUC